AGAGGAACAUAGAUUCUUUUCUGGGUGUUAUGUGCUUCUACAGACCAUAUGUGCUUGUCUGAUGUUUACAGAAUCUUCAUUAGUGAAGAGUGUUAAUAGAUAAGAAACUGAAAUGUAGCAUGAGUGGUCAAGAUAAGGGCAAGUGUAUGACCAAUCUGCUUGAUGAUUUCCAAGGGGCUAGAGGCUGGGGAAAAACACACUGCAGUACAGCUUUAGAAAGUGGUCAGCCAUUAGUAUUCCAUGCUUGCACCUCAGACUUUAACUGGCUUGCUUUCCUGGAGCAUUGUGGCCUUUUCCCUCAUUUGAAAAUAGGUUUCAUGAAAAAUGUAUUAUUUGGGGGCCUUGGCUCUUCUGAACAUCAUCAUUCAUUUGACAAGUGGGAAAUCCAUGGAAGACCGGGACACAUUACUUACAACCCCAAAUUCUCAUGAACACUCUGAUGACAUUGGGAAUGUGGAGGGAGAAGCCCAAUUUGACUUUAAGGCCUUCCUGGAGAACCUGAAAGCUGAACUCCUGAGGAAUUUGAAUUUAUCAGAGGUACCUUCAGAAGAGAAGAUGAAAGAGGAACCACCCCAAUUCAUGAUUGAUUUGUAUAAUAGUUAUAGCAAGGACAAGUCUUCCAGCCCCAUAUCCAAUAUUGUGCGCAGCUUCAGUCCUGAAGAUAUUGCUUCUCUUUCUUUACUUGAAAUGAAUCAACUUCAGAAGUGUAUUUUGCUGUUCAAUGUCUCCAUCCCCUCACAUGAGGAUGUCACCAGAGCUGAACUCAGAAUCCACAUUGUAUGUCAGAAGGCAACAGAUUGUUUUUCUCAUUUUAAAGGAACUAUAGCUGUCUAUGAUGUCCUUGAAUUAAAUAAUUGGGAGAAAUCCAAUAAUCUCAAAUCCUUACUAGUCUCAAAGGAAAUCAAAGAAUGUGGUUGGAUGAUGUUUGAUAUGUCUAGCACUGUGAAAAGAUGGGUCAAGGCAGAAAAAACAAUGAGUACCAAUCAGCUGGAGAUCGUAAUAGAGAGUCAUGUUCAAAGUGAUCUUAUCUAUGGGAAUGCAUACAUCAGUGUAACACCUGACCCCAACCAUUUGCCCUUGCUGAUAGUAUUUUCCAAUGAUCCUAGUAACAGAAUCAAGGAGAACAAUGAGGAACUUGAAGAAAUGAUGGUGCAUGAACAGGAAAGCAUGCUUAAAAAUUUAGUAAAGAGCAACACUGCCCACAAACAGAAUGCUUUGUCCAUUAAUGGAAUCCACCAUCUUCUAUCCAGAGGCAAACGAAGUGCUGAACUUAACCACUGUCGGAGAACCUCUCUCCAUGUAAAUUUCAAAGAAAUUGGCUGGAAUUGGAUAAUUGCACCUCAAGAUUAUGAGGCAUUUGAAUGCAAAGGGGGUUGCUUCUUUCCUUUGACUGAUAAUGUCACACCAACCAAACAUGCUAUUGUCCAGACCUUGGUGCACUACAAGAAUCCCAAGAAAGCUGCAAAAGCCUGUUGUGUCCCAAUUAAGCUGGAUGCAAUUUCCAUGCUUUAUAAAGAUGAUGCUGGGACCCCCACUCUGAAAUACCAAUAUGAGGGGAUGAAAGUAGCGGAAUGUGGCUGUAGGUAGUAUCGAGGACCUCUCCACAAUUUAAACAUGACAUCACGCAUACAGCUCUUUGUAUAGAAUGUCAUUUGCUUGUAAAUAAAUGGCAGAUUAUGAAGGGUGCUGGAUUUCAGCUUCAAUUCCUACUGAGUUUCUUGCUCUCUCCCCUUAUCCUGCCUCUUCCUCUUCUCACCCCCACUACAUUGUGUGUGUAUUUUACAGCUACAGCUGAAUAACUCUCCUCUGAACCUACCCAUGGUACUAGUAGUUAUUAAAAAUGUAAGAUUGUAAUGUAGUAUUACAUAAUAAAACAUUGUUGAGA